AACACACUGCGAGGUUAGCGGCAACACGUUUGGCGGUAUUUCGUUAACUGACACGACAGAAAUGGCGCCCAACGCGCGGUGUCAUUAUUUCGAACUAACCUUUACGAUUGGUGGCCAUAGGUCGAAAUGCAUCUCGGGACUUUUCGUUGGAAUUCAAAAUGUACUCGAUUCUUAAUUGAAAUUCUAAAAAUAGCCGAUUAACGAUGCUAUCUUCACAACAUUCUCACAUAAAUUAAGGUUAAUCCUUUCACACGCACCAGGAUCAACAAUCUAGUGUACGAUAAAGGAUACAUUUAAGAAGUACAAAACAUUCUACAGUAACUCAAAAGUUGUCAAAAAGUAUACAGAACAUCAUGAGCAAUUCUGAUUUGUGUCACAAAACUCCUGAUUACAUACUCCUCGCGAAAACUCGGUUCAAGUUAACCUUAAAGGAGCACCAAGAUGACGAACAAUUGAAAAAUGAUUUCCUCGAGGCGGUGUUGCGCAAAAAUAUGAGCAAUUAUUACCAGGACGUAUGCAAGGAAUUGAAUUGGAACCUGAACGAGGAACUGCUCGAACAGAUGAAACAUGCGAACGAAAUUGCAUGGAAGGAACUUGAGUCUAACGAAAGCUCGGCUUUGGAUGAUUCAGCGAAGACGAACUGGCGGGAGAAGUUGAACUUUUUAUGCGAGAUCGGUGAUCUCGAUCGCGCCACGAACAUAGUCACCGUAGUAUUCGAGGAUCAGACGAAUUCGUCAAGCGUCAGGAUCGAGGCUGCGUUUUGUUUGUUCAGGUUGGCGUACGUCAGAAAUAAUUGUCGUUCGAUGGGAAAAAUCAUCGGCGAUAUAACAGACCUGAUGGAAUCGGUCUGCAGGUCCGGCAGCGACUGGUGUUGUCGUAACAAAUUGAAAGCGUACGAGGCUGUCUACUGUCUGGCAACUAGAAAUUUUCCUCGUGCCUGCAUGCUUCUGCUAGAAUGUACCCCCACUUUCGAAUCCUACGAGCUACUGUCUUUUAAGGAGGUCGUCGAAUACACGGUGCUGUCCGGAUUGAUCUCGUUACCGCGAUCCGAUCUUGACCGUCAGGUCAACAAUAAUGGAUUACUGCAACAGGCUUUGCUCACCGAGUCUCUCAGAUACAGGGACUAUUUCCUCUCCUUCUACGAUUGCCGCUACAAAGAGUUCUUCAAGAAUCUAGCGUGGAUAGAAACCGAACUGAAGGCCAACCCUCUGCUGCAUCCUCAUUACCGCUACUAUGUGAGAGAGAUGCGUGUGAAAGCUUACUCACAAUUGUUACAGGCAUACAGGACAAUCAAUUUGGACAGGAUGGCGACGGAAUUCGGGGUAACCGAAGAGUACGUCGAGCAAGAAGUCGCGCGUUUCAUCGCGAACGGUAAACUGCAUUGCAAAAUCGACAAAAUGGCGGGAACGAUUGUUACUGUUAGCACCGCUGGCUGCGACAGAGGUAAGGCACCUGACGCCACCUGCGAUCGUGGACUAAGUUACCAGAACACGAUCAAAAAGGGAGACGGUCUGCUUAACCGAUUGAAGAAACUUGGACAAGUUAUCGACUUUUGAAGUUAUCAAUUUUUGUGUAUAUUUCUGGAAAUUUCCUUCGUAAAAAAUUGUUGAGAUAAUAGAGUAACUAUUUAACAUCACGGAUUCAAAUCUGAGUUCAAAGUACAUUAUGCUCGAACCCGGGAGGGGAGAUUUGGUACUAAUUGUGUAAUAGCUUGAACAUUUUGCCGUAGGUGGCGAUGCGAGGUAUUUUUACAUAAAAUUAUAAUUGAAAAUGUGGAUAAUAAUUACUUGUUAAUAAUGUGAAAUAUUGCGUUAAGAGACUAUUAAAACUAGGAGUACUCUGUAUCGCAAAAAUUCUGGUCAGUUUCUUAGCUAUAAUUUACAAUCAAUAAUACAAAAUAACUUAUUUAAUUUUAA